UUUUUUUCUGCAGGGUAGUGUCACAUGCACUUACCCAACAUCAUCCAAAGUGUGGCUUUCUAUUCUUUCAUUUAAAUCAGUUGCACUAGAAGCACACGCCGUCGUCGUCUUGCCAGUUGGGUUGCAUUUAAACUCAAAAAUUCGUAAGUUCCAAACGUGUUGCGCAAAAUUACACGUCUUUUCAUUUUGACAGUUCACAAGUUAGAAGAAGGUGCUAUGAAGUAACAAGUAACAUCAGUAGCCUUUAUGGUACGAUGAGCAGUAAUUCUCUCACAGAGCUUGUGGGGCACCUCGAAUGGGGAGUUGUUGAUGCUCCCUGGUGUCCAUGGUUCGAGUCAGGAAAGCAUCUUUUUCUUUUUCAUUUGUUAUAUCAUUCCGUCUCGUUCAAGUGGCAUAAUGUUUCAGAAUCUGCGCUUUUCGGGAUUAAAAGAACAAGAAAUUGUGUUCUGUCGUCCGCACUACGGACAGUGAACAAAUUGCACUAAGAUGGCUGUUACUAGCUUGGAAACAAGUCGUGUUGCUUGGGUGGUAAAAGGUGUCGCAAGAAAAUCACGAGAGGGAUUGGUAACAUAAUUUAUUUGUUUUCAUUCUGUACGGAAGGAGUGUGAGUUGGCUUGGAAGCUAGAAGGCAAUUCAAAUCAACGGGCGUUCAGUGAUCAUUUUUGGGUUUAUACGUCGUUCACUUGCGGGAAACCCCACGAAUGUCUCAUGAUUAAAAUUAUAAAUCUGUUUUGAACCUGUCUUCUCACUUAUCAACUACUUACUUACACUCCCGUGCAAAGGUCACCCCUUCAAAAACAUGGAAAUGUUUUUCGGUCAUAUCUCAGUCAUCUUUCAUUUAAUCCACUCGUUCUUAGACUCUAUCGAAAGAUAAAGAGUUAGAUUUGAUUCGUAGGUACUUUUCACCAAUUUCAUAUGAAAUUUUUAGUUCAAAAAGUUUACCUAAACUUACAAGUUUUUCCUAAAUCUGUACGAGAAAUUGUUUUCCGUGUAAUUCAAAAUUGGGUCGACCAAAUUUUAAAAUUAAAGUUGCAUUAGAACCCUAUUUCUAUCCCCUUUGAGAGUCUUUCAUUAGAUUUUAGCGGAAAAAUUCAUAACAUAAUUAAAAUUAUCGAGUUAGGUUUACAAGUCACCGUGCAAAAGUUUGGGGUCACCCCUUAGUAUGCUGCAUCAUGCAAAAGUUUGGGGUCACCUUCCAAAUCAAGUCUGAGUCGGAUUUUUGUUAAAAUCCUAUUUUUUUUUGGUGCAACUUCAAUUCUUUCUUUGAUAGUUGAAUGGCAAGACACAGAAAUGGUUAUGAAAUGUUCAUAAACUAAGUUCUAGACUAAGUUAAGGUAGAAAAUGGUAUAUAAAGUCCAUACUAAAUCAGCUAAGUUUGUUAUAUAAAGUGCGAAAGAAGAUAGAAGUGAGAUAAAAAUGGCUAAUUCGUGAAUUCUACCCUAUAUAACUUUAAGUGUUAAAAAAACCACAAAUACACCAUUACCCCAAAAACCAUUACAACGAAUGUUAUUUCUCCGAUUGUACAUUCGAAAUUUUGAGUUUUGGUGCAAAGCAAAGGGAUAACUUUUCGAUGAAAAUGCCAUUUAAAUUAUAAUAUGUAACAUUCCUGAAACUUAUGGAUUUUGGGGAAAUGGUAUGUUUGUGGUUAUAACACUUACAGUUAUAUAAGGUAGAAUUCACGAAUCAGUCAUUUUUAUUUCACUUCCAUCCUCUUUCGCACUUUAUUUAACGUACUUAGCUGAUUUAGUAUGGAUUUUAUAUACCAUUUUCUACCUUAACUUAGUCUAGAACUUAGUUUAUGAACAUUUCAUAACAAUUUCUGUGUCUUGCCAUUCACCUAUCAAAGAAAGGAUUGAAGUUGCACCAAAAAAAUUACGAUUUGAACAAAAAUCCGACUCAGACUUGAUUUGGAAGGUGGCCCCAAACUUUUGCACGGUGGCUUGUAAACCAAACUCGAUAAUUUAAAUAAUGUUGUGAUUUUUUCCGCUAAAAUCUAAUGAAUGACUCUCAAUGAGGAUAGAAAUAGGAUAGAAACUUUAAUUUUAAAAUUUGGUCGACCCAAUUUUGAAUUACAUGGAAAACAAUUUUUCGUACAGAUUUAGGAAAAACAUGUAAGUUUGGGUAAACAUUUUAUACUAAAAAUUUCAUAUGAAACUUUUGCACGGGAGUGUACUUUCAGUCCUGGGCACCCACGGUGGUGCAGAGGGCCAAAUUGAAAGAUUUCCAUACUGGGCGUUUGCCAGCCAUCGCCUUGACCUGUGGCUAGGUCAAAUUUCUGUCGACUUGCUUGAUUUCAUUGUAGAGGCAGCGCCGCCAUGAGCCUCUGGAUCUGCCUCUGCUGCGAUGUCCUGCUGGGUUUCAGUCUAACAACAAAAACUUCUUCCUGUAACAACUGUUUAGAUGCAGGCAUAUUUGGUCUCCAGUUGCCAUCACGAACUAGGAUGUGUACGAUUGUCUAUGCUCAUUCUUAUCCUUUUGCCGUAUACUAAAUGUAUCUGGGUAAUAGGAACACAUUAUUUCUAGAUCUGAUCAUUCUCAUAGAUUGAAAUCUUCUAGCAAAAAUGAAAUAUCCCUAUAGAUUCCCUCUGUGAAUUCACAUUAUCAUAUUGUGGAAUUUGCACCCAGUUAGACUCGGCCUAGCUGCAUUAUUAUCACAGUCGAAUGUCGCAGACGUCUUCACAGUAGCUGACGUACGUAAGUUAAUAGUUAACCUUCCUAAGAUGUUAAGUUUUUCGUACCACGAUAACGUAGUGUACGUACAGCGUGCCUGUCUGGGUCAUAUUGACCCCAACAUCCUACUACGGUUAAAUUAAUUUCAUGACAGGAUCGUCUGCUGCACAAAAGUUAAACGAAAUAAGUUUGGUUAGUGUGAAAUGUAGCUAUUUCCAAAUAAUCAUCACAGAAGUCAAACCAUAAUUGAGGAAUCCAAUAAUCUCUAUAAUUAAUUCGGCUAAUGGGAUAAGGGGAAAUCCGCGCAACGUAGGGUAACGCAAGUUUGUAACAUGGAUGCAACAACAACUAGAACGAGCGCAACAACCAUUUUAAACUGUUUUACUGAUAGGUUUACUUCCAGUUAACGGUACUCGUGCGGCAUUAUAUAUAAAUCAGUCUGUAGAAAUUAUUCAUUUUGUGCCAGACAGUGUUCCGUUGAACUACACCCAUUUCGUAAAAUUUUCGGGUGUGAUUAGAAGCCAUCGACAUGCAUGCAAAGAAGCUGUGGCUUAACUUGUUGGCAGUGUCGAUCGUAACCAGCUCUGUAGUUCAAGGGAAGCGAAUUUCACAGAUCAAGUGUGAAGAGUACAUCAAAUCACCAGAAAAAUCAGCAGAAUAUUUGCGUGCCCGAAUGAUAAGCCCUUCGCGUUUCCAACGUCCUACAACUGUUCGAAUACCGUAGAUGUUAUAGUCGGUGGCGAGGAUGCGAAACCCGGAGAAUUCCCCCAUCAGGCUCUGCUCGGUUGGAGAACGAACGAACCGGACGUGUACAAGUUCGAUUGCAGUGGAACGAUCAUCAGCAAACGAUAUGUGCUGACGGCGGCUCAUUGCACUAUGAACCCGAGCAAUUCAAUAAUGCCAGCACCCGCAAUCGUGCGGCUCGCCGAACUGGAUCUGACGAAAUAUGAGAAUGAGUUUGACAUUGAGAUUGAAUCCAUCAUCCGGCAUCCAGCCUACCGUUUUCGUUACUCCUACCACGAUAUAGCGUUGGUGCGUUUGGCGGACCGUUUGCGAUUUUCAGACCUGGUUCAACUGGCCUGUUUGUGGAACGAUGAAGAUUCGCAUCCUUCAUCGGUCAUUGCUACCGGUUUUGGGCGGAUGGAUAUAGCAGACGAACAAGGAUCAGACACCCUACGCAAGGUGCAGUUGGAUGUUCAAGAGUUGAGCAAUUGCAACAAGCAGUAUAUGGGUGUCAGAAGGUUCCCCCUUGGGAUGACUAAAAACCAGCUAUGCAUUGGAAGCUCCGCAGAUAGUGAGGACACGUGUCAAGCUGAUUUGGGUGGUGCCAUUCAAACUUUGGCUGACCCAAAACGGUGCAUCUACCAUGUGCUGGCGGUGAGGUCCGUUGGGGCUGCCUGUGGUACCAAGAUGCCAGCAGCCUACACUAAGGUCGCUAGUUAUCUGGAUUGGAUUGAGGGAAUCGUUUGGGGAUCGGAUUGAUCAAAUUUAGGGUUCGUACGUUCGUAGACUACAUGUAGACAUGGCAUCGGCUAAAUGGGUUAUUAUCGGUCGAUUUGUAUUUUUCUUGAAUAAAUAGUUUGAUCAGAACGAAACUAUGAUUUUUUAAAUUUAUUUUUACCUAAGUAAAACAUAUUUUCAAUGCUUAUGCCAUUCUUCUCAAAUUACUUGGGACGGUAAAUGCUGGGUAAUUCGCGCAAUACAGCCCAGCAAUUCCUAUCCCUACCUCAGCGUGGCACCGGCCGGGCUGCGAGCAUCCUUGGAGAAGAUCGGGUAACCAACCCCGGUGGGAACAUUGGUCGUAGGCU